ACAAAACCCUAAACCCUAAAAGGCAUUACUCACACCGUCACACUUCCCCCUUGUCAUCUUCAUUUGCAGCAAAGCGGCUCUGCUCUACCAGGCCUCAGCGACUCAAGCUCUCAUCCAACAUGAAGUUCAACAUCGCAGACCCGACUACGGGAAGCUAGAGAUGCGAUUCUUUUGGUCUGGGAGGAACUGGAAGUCAAAUGAACCGAAAAGAAAAGACAUAGAGAAGAGCUUUUCUGUAGCUGACGCUGAAGUUUUAAAAGGGUGUCAUUUGCAUGUGCUGAGAUGCAAUUCUUUUGGUUUGGGAAGAAAGUUGGAAGUCAAAUGAACAAAAAAAAAGGACUUAGAGAGGAGCUUUUCUGUAGCUGAUGCUGAAGUUUUAAAGGGGUGUCAUUUGCAUGUGCUGAGAUGCAAUUCUUUUGGUCUGGGAAGAACUGGAAGUCAAAUGAACCAAAAAAGACUUAGAGAGGAGCUUUUUUGUAGCUGCUGAUGGUUUUCUUUUCAUUUCAUAAUGAGCCCGACAGCAGUGAAACAUUCCUUUUUGGAGAUGUCUUUUCCUCUGUAUACCCGCAGAUUGCAAGACCACCAUCCGUGAGAGCAGGAUAUAUGUGAUAUAGGAUGAAUUAUUCAUUGCAGAGAACUUUGAACUUAAGGAGUUAGGUCUGCAAUUGAGCAUUAGAUUGUAAUGGAUAAUGACAUUACUGAAAAUCCAUCUCCAACUCGACCCAAAUGGAGAAAAGUGGCAUAUGGAGGGAUGCAACCUGGAUUUGAUGAUAAUCACACUGGCGAAUCAUUCCUUGAAGAUAUGGUCAUGAAUGCCAAUGUCGUAAAACGGGACAUGCUAAAAGUGAUGCUAGACUCGGUUUCCAUCUCCGAGUAUCUAUGCAUUGUUGCCCUUGUGGUUUUGGUUUGGACCUAUACCCUCAGAUCAAAUCUUAAUGAAACUUCUCUCUUGUAUCUUGAUGUGAGCCUUCUUGGAUCAGGUUUUCUAGUUCUGCUUUUAACUGAAGAAAUGCUUUCCCUAAAUCUUCUAUUGCAUUAUUUCCUUAACAUUUCAUUUUUCACAACUGGGUUAUAUGUUUUGGCUCCAGUCUACCAGACUCUGACAAGAUCCAUUAGCUCGGACUCCAUUUCGGCGGUAACCGUUUCGCUUCUCGUACUACAUCUAUUCCUUCAUGACUACUCAGGAUCAACUGUAAGAGCUCCUGGUGCUCUGAAGAAUCCAACCUUGACCAGUUUUAUUUCUUUAAAUGCUUCUAUAGUAGCCUCGGUUUUCAUGGCUUCUCGCCUUCCUUCGAGACUACAUGUUUUUGCUAUCAUGUUAUUCUCCUUGCAAGUCUUCCUUUUUGCUCCACUGGUCACUUACUGUAUCAAGAAAUACUCCUUCCGUUUGCACCUUUGCUUUUCUUUCAGUUUGAUGGCUGUGACCUUGGCUUUUGUUUACACUCUGCACGGUUUACUUUUUGUGCUGCUGUUGGGUCUAUUGGUUUUUGUGACUGUAGUAUGUCCUUAUUGCCUUAUACGACUUCAAGAAUACAAGUUUGAGAUUAAUGGCCCUUGGGAUGAGGCUAAGCUUUGUUUUGAUAUAACAGAUUGAGAUCAUUAAUGUAUGAUGGAACCUUUUUUUUUUUU